ACGGCGACCGCCAACUGUUCCGUCUUCCGCAUUCCGGACGUUGUUCUGACCAUCUGAGGGACAACUCGGUGCCCACUCUUUCUUCCUACCACUAUGUCGGCGAUAUUGCGCGCGAAGCUAGGGUCCCGGCCGGCGAACGGACACACUACUUUCCUCCCUCACAUCCGCAAAAUGGUGUUCGAGUACUGCGAGAAGUGGCCCACAUCCGCGAACACGCGCACGUAUCUUGUCAAGCACCUCGAGGACCUCGCGCGCGAAAACCCGCACGUCGAGAUUGUGGUCAAGCCGAGGAACCACAAGCAGCCCAUCGUGAGGGGAUUCUACGUCAAUAACAGGGACAAGGUCAUCCCUCUGCGGGACUUGGAGGUGAACGGCAUCGAGAAGAAGGUCCAGCUGCUACUCGACUCUUCUGGGGCGAAGAUUGUACCCCUCAAGCGCCGGACGGUGGAGAGCAUGACCGAGUCUGCGAGGGGCAUAUGGAGUGGAUUGCACGCACCCCGGCCACAGCUAUAGUGCGCUGUCACUGCAUCCAGUCUUACUUCAUUAUGUAGAACCACCCUUAAUGCACUUUCACUCACGCCUCUUGACCCCUACCCCUGCAGCUCGGGCGGAGCAGCACCGCCUGAGUAGUAAGGAUCAACGCUCACAAGCCGUUCAUCUCCACCUCCCGCGGACACGGGCAUGAGCGCUGCCGACCGCAAAGAAGACCGCUCAAUGCAGGUCCGAUGACUAUUCCUGCCUGUAGAACUCCAGAGUCGAAUCGUAGAGCGCACUAAAUCAUCCACUCUUUCAGCGUUCGAAGCAUGAAGGCAAAAUCUCCAGGCCCAGGCUCGCCUUGUCGCGAGAGCAACUACCGCCGUCAAUCCGCUUUUUCCUGUCAACAUCCCGC